AUGUCAGCCGAGCUGCCCACCACCGACACCAUCGCAACAGCAGCGACAGAGCCAGCAGAGCAUCGUGCAGCAGCUCGUCUUCGCAACACCAGUCGUACCUCUAGCACAACUUCCAGCGCCUCCGAUGGUGGUGCCUGCUUCACCUCCGCCGCCGCCUCCUCCAGGAAGGUCCUCCUGCUCCUCCUCAGCAACAGCAGCACUACCGUCACCAGCAAUACCACUACUCUCAAGCUCAACAAGCUCCAUCUUCCCCCUGUAACGACUGCAGACCUCAGUCAGUACCAGCACACCCCUCCCUCCCUCAUCCUCAGUCCAGCUGGGAGCCCUCCCAGCCCACACAGCUCCAGCAAGCCGUGGCUACUGUCCUCAUCUUGGUACUGCUGUUGGGAAUUGUUGGUGUUUGAGGGACGUACAGACAUGGAGAUGGAUAGCGGGGAUACUUGA